CACCAGUUGCGCUUUGGAACCGUGUGUGUGUGUGUGUGUGUGUCGAAGGGUAGCCUGGUUCAAAAAUAAUUCAAGAUGGUCGAAGGCGGAAUGAAAUGUGUCAAGUACCUUAUUUUCUUCUUUAACUUCCUAUUUGUGAUCUCUGGCAUCGCGCUGGUCACGCUGGGCGCCGUCAUCAGGGGCUACUACGACAAGUACCUCGACUUCCUCGGCGAUGGCGUCGUGGUCGCGCCCAUUCCGCUGAUCACCGUGGGCGUCGUCAUCUUCUUUGUGGCGUUCCUGGGCUGCUGCGGCGCCAUCCGGGAGAGCUACUGCAUGACGAUGACGUUUGCCGUGCUGCUGACACUCAGCUUCAUCCUGGAGCUGGCGGCCGGCAUCACGGCCUACCUGCUGCGGGACGACAUCCGCACCACGCUCCACACAAACAUGCCGGCGACUCUGCAGAACUACGGCCAGGACGACUACGACGGCGUUACCAGGACCUGGGACGCUGUGCAGAUGGCGCUGGACUGCUGCGGUACCUCCAACUACACCAACUGGGCCGACACCGCGUACGGCUCCCACGGGGACCGCGUGCCCGACACGUGCUGCCGGAUCUUCUCGGUCGGGUGCGGCGCCGGCGUGGCCGCCCUGCCGGAGUCUGACGCGGCGCGGACCAUCCACACGGCCGGCUGCCUGUACAAGCUGCAGGAGGAGAUGAAGGAGAACAUGGCGGUCGACGGAGGUGCCGUCGGAGGUGCCGUCGGAGGUGCCGUCGGAGGUGCCGGCGGAGGUGUGGCCUUCCUGCAGAUUCUGGGCGUCAUCCUGGCCUGCUGUCUCAGCAAGAGCAUCAAGAAGGAGAAUGAGACCGUGUAGCUGGCGAAGCUGC